AUGGGUUUCCCGUCUCUGGUUUCACCCAAGUCGAAAGCUCAUUUCAAUAAAGAAGUCCAGGAAGAGGAAGAAGAAGAGUAUUUUUUAUCAAAACAAAACGGUAAAGGAGAGAAAAUUCAAGAAAGGCGGCGAAAGAUCGAGCGUUUCUUUGCUAUACUGGGAGGCGCCGUUUUAUUCAUCAACUUAAUAUUCUUCGCCAGACGCCUUCUUUCCCAAGCCUCAGUGGACGAUGGACGGUGGAAAACGGCUUUCGGCGCGCCAUUUCCUACGCUCAGCGUCGAACGGGUCCAAUUUGAUGCCGGUCUGGAGCUUGACGCCAACGGCGACCCUGUGCGCACACCAUCGAUGCAAGGUGCGCCGCAAUAUGUUGGUCAGCCGAGUGACGAGAUCGACACGAAUUGGGACUUGUUGAUACCAUCUGACAUGAAUAUUACGCGAGACGAGGCGGAGCAGAUCGGUGGUGCUUUCUACUUUUACCCCGAUACAGAUAUUGCGACGAUCGAGAUCUCUACAUUCCAUGUUCUUCACUGCCUAGACCAGGUACGGCAGUCGGUGUAUUGGCAGACCUACUUGCCAGACGGCGUAACCAAGCUUCAACAAGUUCACGUGGACCACUGCAUCGAUGCUAUAAGACAAUAUAUCCAGUGUCACAUGGACAUGACGCCAAUUAACCUUGUUUGGUCGGAGAACAAAGGUGGAAUUCUGCCGGAUUUUAGACAAACCCAUACCUGUAAGAGCUACCAUGAAGCUCAUGAAUGGGUUUUGAGACGAAAUAUUGCGAAUUAUGAGUAUGGAAUUGGCGAUGAAGGCGUUGCGGAUGAUGCGAGACGUACACUGGAAGAGAUGGGGUGGGCGUAA